UUGUAUCUGUAGAAAGAAAGGCAGAGGGGAAAGGUGCGCCAUCUAGGAGACAAGUUUCGAACUAGAAAGGGGCACAGAGAGAUUAGAAGGAGUGCAACCGGGUAAGAUGGCAACUUUCCAUUUUGGGGGAUUGUCUCUUCGGGCAAAGGCCAGGGAGGAUUCGGCGCCAAUUUUGGCGUCUGUGCGAUCAUUCCCUCGUUGCACCUCCGCAGAUUCGGAUGAGUGUUUUGGUUUACUGAAAAGUGUCCAAGUGCUAGUGGAAAAAUCGGCGAACGAGGAGCGUAGGUCCAGGGGCGGAAAAGUUCCACAGGAAAGCCCACUGUUUUUGUGGCCAGUUCUGGAUCCGUGGAGGCUCGGCGAAGGGAUAGUUAUUGCGGAACAGAGGGGAAGUCAGGCAGCCCCAACGAGUCGGAGCGGAUCCGAAGGAUUCCGGAAGCCACGACGCAAAGCAACAGGAGCAGAGUUCGCCGGGAAAAUCCCGGGUUUUGCUUAG